CCAGGUCAUCCGUUUGUCCCAUCGUUGGUUCAGGUGGUAUUCUCUAGAUCUCUACAUUAUAAAGCUCAAUGGAUUUUGUGACAGCCCUGGCUAAACUCCAAGAGGCAUCUAGCUGUCCCAUCUGUCUGGAGUACUUGAAAGACCCAGUGACCAUCAACUGUGGGGACAACUUCUGUCGCUCCUGCCUCAGUGUAUCCUGGAAGGAUCUAGAUGAUACCUUUCCCUGUCCUGUUUGCCGUUUUUGCUUUCCAUACAAGAGCUUCAGGAAGAACCCCCAGCUCCGUAAUUUCACUGAAAUUGCUGAACAACUCCAGAUUAGGAGGAGCAAGAGAAAGAGGCAGAAAGAGAAUGCCGUGUGUGAAAAGCACAAUCAGUUUCUGACCCUCUUCUGUGUGAAGGAUCUAGAGAUCUUAUGUAUACAGUGCAGUUUCUCCACUAAACACCGGAAGCACUACAUUUGCCCUAUUAAGAAAGCUGCCCCUUAUCACAGAGAAAUCCUAGAAGGUAGCCUUGAGUCCUUGAAGAAUAAUAUAAAACGAGUUGAAAAAGUGAUAAUUCUCCAAGGCAGCAAGUCAGUGGACCUGAAAAAGAAGGUAGAAUAUAAGAGGGAAGAAAUAAAUUCUGAGUUUGAGCAAAUUAGAUUGUUUUUACAGAAUGAGCAAGAGGCUAUUCUUCGGCAGAUACAAGAUGAAGAGAUGGACAUUUUAGCAAAACUAAAUGAAAACCUUGUAAAAUUUUCAGAUUAUGUUUCUACAUUAAAACAUCUACUGAGGGAGGUAGAGGGCAAGUCUGUGCAGUCAAACCUGGAAUUACUGACACAUGUUAAGAGUAUACACAACAGGUAUCAAAGCCUAAAACGCCCUGAACUCUUUUCAUUUAGAUUAACAAAAUAUGGCUUCAGUCUUCCUCCUCAGUAUUCUGGCUUGGACAGAAUUAUCAAGCCAUUUCAAGUAGAUGUGAUUCUAGAUCUUGACACAGCACAUCCUCAACUUAUUGUCUCUGAGGAUAGAAAAGCUGUGCGAUACGGAAGAACAAAACCAAACAUUUGUUACAACCCAAGGAGAUUUUAUACCUGCCCUGCUGUCCUGGGCUCUCAGAGAUUUUGUUCUGGCCGACAUUACUGGGAGGUAGAAGUGGGAAACAAGCCUAAAUGGAUACUGGGUGUGUGUCAAGACUGUCUUCUUGGGAACUGGCAGGAUCAGCCAUCAGUUCUGGCUGGAUUCUGGGCAAUUGGGCGAUAUAUGAAGAGUGGUUAUGUUGUGUCAGGUCCUAAGACAACCCGGCUUCUGCCAGUAGUAAAUCCCAGUAAGAUUGGUAUUUUUCUGGACUAUGAAUUGGGCGAUCUUUUGUUUUAUAAUAUGAAUGACAGGUCUGUUCUCUAUACUUUUAAUGAUUCUUUCACAGAAGCUGUUUGGCCUUAUUUCUACACUGGAACAGAUUCCAAACCUCUUAAAAUCUGUUCAGUAUCAGAUUCUGAAGGAUAAAGAACUGGUAAAUGAGUCUGUUUCA